AUGGCUGACACUCUUGGAAUGCGUUCUGAAUCUAUUGCAGCAACAUCCGUCAAUGCGCCUCCGUUCUUCGACAAUGCAUACAGCCUUGCUGUUGUUUAUGGAGGACUGGGUUCAGUCAUUGGACAUGAAAUUACUCAUGGAUUUGAUGUAAAUGGCGCAAAAUAUGACGAGGACGCGAAUAGAAAGAAUUGGUGGACAGAUGUUGUGAAGCAACUCUUUGACAACAAGACUGAAUGUCUUCGAAAAUUGUACGCAAACUUUGAAAUUGCAGGGUCGAAGGUGGAUGGUCAACUCACGCUCGGUGAGAAUAUGGCGGAUCACGGAGGCCUCAAAGUGUCGCUCGAUGCAUUUCUUGAGUCAGUUAAAGAAGCUCCCCCAUGCUCAUGCGAUGUGGAGUCUCUGAUUCGCGUCUUCUUCAUCUCCUACGCUCAGCUCUGGUGCACCAAAUCGCAUCCUGGCCAGGCGAAGGUGAACGCCAUAACGGACAAGCACGCACCUCUUCCCUUUAGAGCCAACGGAGCUGUUUCUCAGAACAGCAAGUUUGCAGAAGUGUUCAGGUGCAAGCAAGGAGCAGCCAUGAAUCCGAUACACAAGUGCAGCGUGUGGCGCGACUCCCAGACAGAGGUGCUGGCUCAAGAUGGUAUGUAG